UGCUUGCUCAAAGAAGAGUUAAGAAUUUUGCAAUCGGCCUCGGCAAGGAGGUUUGGGUAAAAGGAGGAGGAGCCAAGAGGCGCUGGGAACUGACCCAGCAGUUUCCGCCUAUAAAGUGAUGCCUGGCCCCUACAAGGAGAGUUUGCAUAUUUAUGAGGAACCACCGAGAUUGUUGGAGGACCUGGCAGUCUAGAAGGGCCAGAACCCCUCGCUCCCAGUGCCUUUCCGUUUCCGUUAGGAUAUUGGCUGUUGGCGAGCAUCAUGGCAACAGUGACGGCCACAACCAAGGUCCCAGAGAUCCGUGAUGUGACGAGGAUCGAGCGUAUCGGUGCUCACUCCCACAUCCGGGGGCUGGGGCUCGAUGACGCCUUGGAGCCGCGGCAGGCUUCCGAGGGCAUGGUGGGGCAGUUGGCAGCCCGGCGGGCAGCUGGUGUCGUGCUGGAGAUGAUCCGGGAAGGGAAGAUCGCUGGGCGGGCUGUCCUCAUCGCCGGCCAGCCGGGCACUGGGAAGACAGCCAUCGCCAUGGGCAUGGCUCAGGCCCUAGGCCCAGACACUCCAUUCACAGCCAUCGCUGGCAGUGAGAUCUUUUCCCUGGAGAUGAGCAAGACAGAGGCACUGACACAGGCCUUCCGGAGGUCCAUCGGUGUUCGCAUCAAGGAAGAGACUGAGAUCAUCGAAGGGGAGGUGGUGGAGAUCCAGAUUGACCGGCCAGCAACAGGGACGGGCUCCAAGGUGGGCAAGCUGACCCUUAAGACCACUGAGAUGGAGACCAUAUAUGACCUGGGCACCAAGAUGAUCGAGUCCCUGACCAAGGACAAGGUCCAGGCUGGGGACGUGAUCACCAUCGACAAGGCCACGGGCAAGAUCUCCAAACUGGGCCGCUCCUUCACACGCGCUCGUGACUAUGAUGCCAUGGGCUCCCAGACCAAGUUUGUACAAUGCCCAGACGGGGAGCUCCAGAAACGCAAGGAGGUGGUGCAUACGGUGUCCCUGCAUGAGAUUGACGUCAUCAACUCCCGCACGCAGGGCUUCCUGGCCCUCUUCUCUGGUGACACAGGAGAGAUCAAGUCAGAAGUCCGAGAGCAGAUCAAUGCCAAGGUGGCUGAGUGGCGCGAGGAGGGCAAGGCGGAGAUUAUCCCUGGGGUGCUGUUUAUCGAUGAGGUCCACAUGCUGGACAUCGAGAGCUUCUCCUUCCUCAACCGAGCCCUGGAGAGCGACAUGGCGCCUGUCCUCAUCAUGGCCACCAACCGUGGCAUCACCCGGAUCCGGGGCACCAGCUACCAGAGUCCCCACGGCAUCCCCAUCGACCUGCUGGACCGACUGCUCAUCGUUUCCACCUCUCCCUACAGCGAGAAGGACACGAAGCAGAUCCUCCGCAUCCGAUGUGAGGAGGAAGAUGUGGAGAUGAGUGAGGACGCCUACACGGUGCUGACCCGCAUUGGGCUAGAGACUUCACUGCGCUAUGCCAUCCAGCUCAUCACGGCUGCCAGCCUGGUGUGCCGGAAACGCAAGGGCACAGAAGUGCAGGUUGAUGACAUCAAGCGGGUCUACUCGCUCUUUCUGGAUGAGUCGCGCUCCACGCAGUACAUGAAGGAGUACCAGGACGCCUUCCUCUUCAAUGAACUCAAAGGAGAAACCAUGGAUACCUCCUGAACUGAUGUUCCCCUCACCUUGGCCUCUCCUGUUUUCUACCAGAGUUCUGACACUGUGACUUUAUAUAAAAUACUUCUGAAACUGGA